AUGGGCCAGGACAAUCCGGAUCUGCUGAGCGACUCCGCAAACGAUUCGGAGACGCCAUCCAGCAAGGUCCUCACUCAAUACGCGGUAUUGGGACGCUAUGAUUUCGUCAUCAUCACCGAAGCUGAGGACAACCAGUCUGCCGCCAGGUUAUCGCUGGAUUUGGGGGUGCGCGCCGGCUUGAACAUCGAAACCCUACCGGCGUUGCCCAUCGGUGUUCUGUCAGACGAAGAGCACACGAGUAUGCUACGGGACGUUGCGGUAGCGCUUGCCGUCCCCGACGGCCCCGACGAAUCCGGCCAGGAAGGCGAUGACUCCUGGCGGUUGCCCGACGAACCUGACUAA